GGCAACAAAUUCGUCGAAUCAAAUCUUGCAGCGUUUUUAUUUUUUUAUUUAUUUUUUUUUGUUUUUGUUGACAUAUGAUCAAGAAUUGUAAGAAAAGGUUGUGAGAAGUUUCGUAGAGAACAUGGAUGAGUACGAAUCUACUGACAGAGAAAUGUUAAAUUACAUGAAUUUAGCCAUAAUUAGAGAAAUUUAUGAUGGUGAAAAUGCACAUGAAGUUUUUGAAAAUGAACUGGAAAGAGCUUUGGAAACUAAAUGUUCUUGUAUUGUCAUAGAACCUACUAAAUUAGGUGAAGAAACUGCUAGAUGGAUUUCUGUUGGAAACUGUUUACAUAAAACAGCAGUCCUUGCUGGUUUUGGCUCUAUAUUAUCAAAUUUUGCUUGGCCAGAUAAAAUGUACAUAAGUUUUCCUCUGAGUGGGGUAAGCUUCUUUUGUGCUGGAGUAUAUGCUGUAUCCUGGCAAAGUGAUCCCUGCUGUAAAUAUCAAGUAGAAUUAGAUCCUAGAAAUCUUGAGAAACUGCCUCUUCACACACUGACUUCUUCAUCACCUGUUGUCUUGGUACGCAAAGAUGAUACUCGCAGGAUUGUGUUACAUACAGCUAUAACAUUACUUGCUGUUGCAUUUUGUGCAUACAGAGUCUUCAAAUCAUACCAAACUGUAUAGUGAUUCUUAUAUUUUGACUAAGUAUUAAAGCUGUAGUCUAUCUCUUGACAUUUUUUAAAAAUUGUGUUUGUACUCAGAUGCAGUAUAAAUUUAGGAAUACUGAGAUUAUUUAAAAAUAUUAUCUCCUAAAAUAUUUUAGACACAUUAAUUAUCUCUUUUGUUUUGGUAGUUGAAUACUAUUUCUUUAUAACUUUUGUAACAUGGAAAUGUUGAAUCACAAAAAAUUUCUCUACAGAAAAAUUUAAAACAAAGGUUCAGGUAUUGAAUUAUACUUUUUAUUAAAUGUUUUUUAUUUAAUUUUAAAUUACAUAUAAAGAGAAAAGUUGUGAAAUGAUAAAAUUCACUGUUUUAUUCUUUCAUUAGCUUAUUAUUGAAGAUGAUAGAAAUAAUGACAUAUCAGAUUCAUUUACUGAUAUUUAAUGAAUUACUAACAUUUAGUUUUUAAUCAUGCUUUUUCAGUUGCAUCCUUUUACACUUUUACAUUUUACACUUUUCCCAUGGAGUAAACAUUAGUUAAUGAUUAAAUGAAGUGUUCUUGUUUCAGUCAUAAAGAGAAAUAUUCGAUUAUAAGCAUUUAAUAACUAAUAAGAUCUCAAAACACUGAUUUAACUUUUUAUGUAGAGACUUUUUUGGCUGAUGUCUCUGAUGAAUUAUGUGAGAAUUGAUAGAGUUCCACCAUAGUACUAUCUGACAUUUUUAUGAAUUAAAUGUUAAAACUCCAAUGACGACUUUUGUAAAAUCUACCAGUUUUAUUGGUAGUAUCAUAUUUGAAAGUAUUUUUUUGGCUUGUUUAAGUUUUUAAUUAUUAUUAUUAUUAUUUAUUUCACAGUUUCUCUCAUAUUUUGAGAAUAAAGGAUCUUUAUGUAAAAAUUAUAGUUAUAAAUUUAGUCCUCUUUUUUGGGGGGGAACCUCCUUUUAUGGCAACAUUAUAAGGAAAGCUUUAGUUUUUGCUUGUAUUAUGUCCUUCAGUUUUGUCUAAUUUGUUUACAUGCACAAAAUCAACUGAUGGGAAAAAAAAAAAAAAAAAUUUUUAAAGUUUGCCAUUUUUAAGAGAAUUUUUUUUAAUAUUAUUCAGAAAUAAAAAUUGCAUUCUAAUAAAAAUGUGUUUCAAUGUAUAAAUAAUCAUUGUUCUUAUGAAAUUCUAGUAAUUUCUAGUUUGAGUAUAUCAUGAUGAAUGUUAAAUAUCUUAGCACAUUGUUAAAAGUAUUUUAAAUAUUAUAUACCAGUGCAUGAUCAAAGGGCUGUGCUUCAAUAAAAAAAUAUUGCAUUCCAAAUAUUUAUAAAAAUGUAUUAUUAUUUAAGAUUUUUAAGUAUUUGCAUAUUGAUCACUGUUGGGAAAUUUGGGCUGGCACGAAGGGAAUUUUAGUAGCAAUCUGGAUAUUAGAGGUUCUGGUUUGUCGAUAUGGGUAUUGAGAAUUUUUAUCAUCUUUCAAUUUUAUUAUUGUAAACUUGAAACUAAUUAUUAUAAUCUAUGACAAUUUUAUUCAUUGUAUUCUGUUUCUAUUGGCAAAAUGUGACUUAGAUCUGACUUUGUUGCCAUAAGUAAUUCAUACAAUUAGUUGUAAAGGAUCUUCCUUCUCUAAACUAGUUUUGUACUCGCAUUCAUAUUAUCUGUGUGCACAUUUUUUAUGCUGCAAUUCUAUAACGUGUUUUCGUUAGCGAAUAUAAUAUUAUCAUAUUGGAAUUAGAAAAUUUUUGACUGUUUGAUAUUAUUCCAUGGCUCUAAAAAGAGUCAGUAACUUCUGUCUUAAAUAUCGUCUUCAAAGACCCAUUACAACAGCAGCAAAUGCACUGAAUCAAAAGCAGAGACAACACCAUAUUAUAAAAAAGGAUACAGCAUAGUUUAAAGACAUGAUUGCAGCUAGAGAGUAUAUCACCAUAUUAUAUUAUCACCCUACUUAGAUAUGAACUGAAGUUCUAGUACAGAUUAAUGUACAAAUAUUUAUUUUUCUUUUUAAGAUACCAGAAAAUUAAUUAGGAAGGAAUAGUAUGAAUUUUUUAAACAAACUUUUGACUAUGUAUGCACUUUUUUCACUUGAGAUUAAAAAUUUGAAUUUAUUUAGUUUUCUACUGAAGUUUCUUUUCUUUUCUUUUCUUUUUUUUUAAUUAUUUCUUAGAACAUUAAAUUUAAUUAUUUGCACAAUGCUAGAUAUAGCUGAGGAAUUUCUUUCCUUUUUUAAAAUUGUAAUAUUGAUUAUGUAUUGUGUUAUAGGUUUUUAUCUGCAGAGGUUUAUAGAUAUUUUUAACUGUAUCUUAAUAAAUAGAAAAACAGCUUUGAUGCUGUCAUAUAGAGAAUAACAAUCCAAUACCGUAUUUAACAAAGAAAAUUCUUAUUUUUCAAGUGCUUAAUAUGUAGAAUAAACUAUUUACUUCUCAGUUUGGAAAUUGAUGUAAUUUAUAAAUUCAAAAUUCACAUUUAAGAUUAAGAAUAUGCAGAAAUAUGAAAUACAGCAAAAAUGUAAUUUUAUUUCCAUUUGAAACAUAAAUUUAAAAUUUAAAUAUCUAUCUCAUUUAAUACAUUUCUCUUAAAAGUUAUUUUUUAAUUUUAUAUAUGUGCAUAAAAAUGGUAAACAGUCAUAAUUUUCUUUCAAGGUGACUAAAUAAUAAUGUAUUCUAAAAAAUUAUAAAGAAUUUGAAAUAUUGUUUAAAUUAUAAAAAAGUUAAUGAAUUGCUUACGACUUUGAAUGAUUUCAAGUGUAAAAUGAGUGUUAACUGUGUGCUAGUAGUAUUUUUGUGCUUUUAACACAAAGUGGUAAGUUUUAUAUCUAUGUACUGAGUGUAAAUUUCUUAUGAAAAAUGCCAUUAGAAGAAACUUUUGAAAUGAAAAAAUCAUUUGGUAUUUUGUUUAAUAAUGCAAUAGUGAUAAUUUGUAUAUAUAUAUAUAUAUAUAUAUAUAUUGCAAGAAUAAAACAUUCUGAUUUUCAACCAGUUCCAGCAUAUUCUGUCACCAUAUAAUUUAUUCUGAUUUUCAACCAAUUCUACCUAAUAUCCGUAGAGUUUUUAACUGAUACAGAAUUUUGUGUCAUCUUCUUUUAACUGUGUAGCACAGAAAUUUAAUAGCAUGAUGUUAUAUUUCUUUUGAAAUCUUUUAAAAAAUAUAUUUUGGAUACUAAUACAUACAUAUUUCUUAAGAUUUAAAAUGUAUGUUGUUAAAUGUGAAAUGAGUUGUUGAUAUUUAUAAUGGUUCAUAUAAAUAACAUAAAUAAGUAAA